AUGAGCAAGCUUUUCCGGUCUAAAUCAAAAGAUUUCGAAUAUGAAGCCUUAGAGGUCCAUAAUGAAUAUAGAAUUGAACAUGGAGUAUCCCCUUUAGUUCUUAAUAAAGAAAUAUGUAAAAUAAGUCAACAAUGGGCUGAAGAGCUAGCAGGGAAGGACACAAUGUCCUACAGUAUUAAUCAAACGUAUGGCGAAAGUAUUUACUGUGGCUGGUCUUCCGAUCCUAAUGUUAAAAUACGAGCAAAAGAUUGCGUGGAUAAGUGGUACAGUGAAAUCAAUGAUUUUUCAUUUGGAAAGGAACCGGAAAUAUUAAGUUGUGGUCACUUCACACAAAUAGUUUGGAAAAGUACGAGAGAACUUGGGAUUGGAAAAGCUAAAAGUGAUUCUGGAAAGUUAUAUGUAGUAGCUAACUAUUACCCACCAGGAAACUACACUGGACAGUUUGUAAAGAAUGUCCCACCUCCGGGAGCAUUGCAAUUUCGAAAUUCAUCAAAUUCUAGUUCAAUACGAGAAUCAAAUAGUAGUUCUGUAUCUGCGUUUUCGUUUUCCAGAAAUAAUAGUAAUCUAUCACCAUCAUCUCCUAAUUCUAGAAGCAGCAAAAAUUUUGGAAACCUUGCAUCUGAAUUAGUAAGCAAAUUUAAAACAAUUUCAGUAUCCAAUGAAAAAUUUGAAGAAGAGUUCUUACAUGCUCAUAAUGAAUACAGAAGUAAACAUAGAGCUCCGCCUCUUGAAUUGAAUAAGAAAAUGUGUAAGUACGCUGAAGAGUGGGCUAAAGCUAUUGCAAAAAAAGGAAUAGUAGAACAUAGAGAUCAAAAUGAAUAUGGCGAGAACAUAUUUUACGCUUGGUCUUCUGAUCCCAAUUUUACACUAACAGGUAAAGAUCCAGUUGACAAGUGGUACAGCGAAAUAGAAAAUCACUCAUUCGGCAGAGAACCAGAAAAUUUGGGUUCAGGACAUUUCUCGCAAAUUGUGUGGGCGGAUAGUAAAGAAAUCGGUGUAGGUGUUGCAAGAACCAAAGAAGGACAAAUUUAUGUUGUAGCCAAUUACUACCCACCAGGCAAUGUAAUAGGAAGCUUUGCUAGUAAAGUUCUACCGCCUGUAAGU